CUGCAGUCAGUGUGGGAAACGCCUCACAUGUCCAGGAAAAUCCCCAUCCAAGAGUGAUGCCCAGAAAGGAAAGGGAAAGGGGAGCCCCUGUGCCUCCGAGAAAUCAAAGGGAGCCUAAAGGACGAAAGCAGAGAAAAGCCCCAUCCGAGGGCACAGAGAGGCUGCCGGAGGAUAAACCAGAGGCUGACCAGAUGAAAGCUGAGAAGGAGAAAGAGGUUAAGCUGAAAUCCACGGUGGUGGACAUUGAUAGUGUCCGAGAUGAGAGAGUUAGGGAGGAGACCCUGGCACUUCUGGAAGCAGCAGAGCAGGAAGAUGGUUUGAAGCGCAAAAACCUUGGAGUGUUUGAGUGGCUGCUGAUGGUCUUUGUCUUGGCAAUGGUUCUCCUCUUCUUCCCUUUUUCCAUCUGGUUCUGUGUCAAAGUCGUGAGGGAGCAUGAGAGAGCUGUGAUCUUCAGGCUCGGUCACCUUCUACAGGGGAAACCUAAAGGCCCAGGGCUGCUGUUUUACCUCCCAUUUCUUGAUGUGUGUCACAAAGUUGACAUCCGACUGAGAAUGUUGAAGGUUCCUCUUCAUACGGUGGUGACAAAGGAUUUGGCCAGGCCAGAGCUAAGUGUGGUCUGUUACUACCAAAUAGAGAAUGUGGCUCUUUGCAGCACGGCUCUGUCAAGUUUGACCUCUAUGCUGCAGAGUAUAGUUCAGGCAGCAGUCAGAGACGUUCUGGCCCAACACUCUUUCAGCCACAUCCUGCUGCACAGGCGGAGGAUCGGGGAGAAAAUAAAAGCAGGCGUAGACUCUGUUGCCUGUCGUUGGGGCAUCAGGAUGGAAAGAGCGGACAUAGAGGAACUUUUUCUUCCUGUGGAGUUACAGCAAACUCUGGCUGCAGAGGCAGAAGCAAAAAGACAACAGCAAGUCAGAACCAAAGCAGCAGAGGGAGACGCAGCUGCCUGGGAUGGUUUCAGAGCCUCCCUUCGUCUCCUCCACCCGGCGUUUGUACUUCCGCUCUCUCCUGAUCUUUUCAAUCUCAACUCUGACCUUUCGUCUCUCCCACCACCUCCUCCUCCUCCAACUGUGUCAGAAGAGGGAGACACAACAGCAGAGGAGCCAGCAACAGACUCACCAAUGAUGUGAUCAACUCGUUUGUCUUGACAAGAGAACCUUUGGGAACAAUCUCAAAUAUUGCAGAUCUAAAGAGUUUAAAACAUCAAAAUAGUUCAACAAAUUAUACAUUUCAUAUUUUUAAAACCAGAUCCAGACAUUUUAACUCUUGCAGCAUAUUUUCCCUCACGUGUUUGACAUUGAUUCUAUUGUUCAGACAGAAUGGCAAUUGAACCUCUUUCUUAGUAUUUUAUUUGAACUGGACAUUUUCUUUUCCUUAAAAAAGAAGCAGAAAAGUGCAAAAGACAUUUAAUGUAGCUCCUACACAUUCAAUAUUAUGUUUUAUUUUAUGUGACAGACAGGCCACAUGCACAAUCAUUUUAGUCUGUUGGACCACUUUUUCUAUUAUCUAUAUAUAGAUAUAUCUAUAAGGUUCCAUAUUUUUCAUAUUUAUACUAAAAAAAAUAACAGAAGAUUUGCAAAAACUUUAUUUACAUUGGAUGUAAACAGAAUCCAGAACUGACACAAGCAAGUCAAUUUAUAUGUAAUACUGUGUAUAUCACACGCAAUUUGAUGAAAGACAGUGUUAGACAUGAUUUCCAUUCUGGUUAAAUGCAAUAAAGUAAAAAAGAAAAACAUUUUAGUCAAGAAAAGGCAGAUCACUGUUUCUUUUGUUCUUUUUUGGAGCUAUCCUGCUUGGCUGCUGAAGGUGAUGGAGGAGGUGCCAUCUUACUUUUCUCUGAAACACACAUAAAGGCAGCUUGUCAGUG